UUCCCUCUGCUUCCUCCCUGUCUGUCUCUACCCAAAGCCUCUACAAGAAGCUCAGACACAGACCCACAGAGAAACGACGUCGUUUUGUUCCAAUUCCCACCUGCGAUCGGAUUCCGGAGAGCUUACCUGCUUGAUUUGGAACCCCAUAGAUCAAGAUUAUGGUGUUGAAUUUAUUGGUUUUGUAAAAAAACCGCAUGCCGGUUGGCAAAAAUGUCCCUUCUAAGUAGGUUCUUUUACAGAAGACCCCCAGAUGGCCUACUUGAAUUUGUUGAAAGAGUAUAUGUCUUUGAUUCGUGCUUUUCCACCGAAGUCUUGCCUGACGGGAUGUACCAAAUAUAUAUACAUGAAAUCAUAACUGAGUUACACGAGGAAUUUCCAGAUUCCUCCUUUCUUGCUUUCAAUUUCCGCGAGGGUGAGAAACAGAGCCAGUUUGCUGAAAUUUUAUGCGAGUAUGACGUUACCAUCAUGGACUAUCCACGACAGUAUGAGGGCUGCCCUCUCCUUCCAUUAUCUUUGAUCCAACAUUUUCUUCGUGUUUGUGAGAGUUGGCUUGCACUUGGGAAUCAACAGAAUAUUAUUCUUCUCCAUUGUGAGAGGGGGGGUUGGCCACUCUUGGCAUUCCUUUUAGCUAGUUUUUUGAUCUUCCAAAAACUGCACAGUGGAGAACGCAGGACCCUAGAAAUGGUGCAUCGAGAGGCUCCAAAGGGUUUCUUGCAGCUCUUGUCACCUUUAAAUCCAUUCCCAUCUCAGCUUCGUUACCUUCAAUAUGUAGCAAGAAGAAACAUAGCUCCCGAGUGGCCACCUCCUGAGCGCGCACUUUCUUUAGAUUGUGUUAUUCUUCGAGCCAUUCCCAGUUUCGAUUCUCAGAAUGGGUGCAGGCCAAUUAUCCGUAUCUUUGGUAGGAAUCUUCUUAGUAAGGGUGGGCUUUCGACUGAGAUGCUGUUCUCCAUGACCAAGAAGAAGAAGAAGAAGACCCUUCGGCAUUACUGCCAGGCAGACUGUGAUGUGAUUAAGAUUGACAUUCAGUGCUUGGUGCAAGGAGAUGUUGUUUUGGAGUGUGUCCAUUUUGACUUGGAUCCUGAAAAGGAAGUUAUGAUGUUUCGUAUAAUGUUUAACACGGCAUUUAUUCGAUCAAACAUACUGAUUCUUAAUUCUGAGAACUUAGACAUUCUUUGGGAUUCGAAGGAGCGGUAUCCAAAAGGUUUCAGAGCAGAGGUUUUGUUUGGGGAGGUUGAAAGCAUCUCUCCUCCGAAAGCCCCGACCACUAUUUUAAAUGGUGAGGAGAAGGGUGGAUUGCCCAUUGAAGCUUUUUCUAGGGUUCAAGAACUUUUCAGUGGUGUGGAGUGGGUUGACAGCAGUGAUGAUGCUGCCUUGUGGUUUCUUAAACAACUUUCUGUUUUAAGUGAUGUGAAAGAACUUUCAAUGUUGCAAAGUAAAACAAGUUUAUUUUCAUCACCUGCUGAUUCUGAAGAAGACAAUAAUGCAUCUAGCACUGCUGAUAGUUCAGAUGAAGCAUUUGAUACCAUUCCCAAGUCAUCAACAAUUCCAACCAAAUUUCCAAUACAAGAUACUGUUGAUCCACCCUUUCCUUUUGAAAGUUAUGGUCCACAUGAUGUAAAUAUUGGUUCAGAAUCUUCUGAUCUAGCAACAGUAGAAAAUGAUCCGUCACCUCUUCAUGAACAACUACCUAUUCCAAGUCAAGGAUCUCCACCUUGUUCAUCCCCUUCUGCAAUGGUUCAACCUCCACCUCCUCCCGCAAGUAAUCUACCAAAUCCUCCACCUCCACUCAAAACUUCUAGCAUUAAUGUUUUAUCCAUAUCCCAUCUACCACCUCCACCACCACCUCCUCCUCCACCUCCACCUCCCUCUCUUAACUCUAGUAUUGCGCCUUCCCCUCCACCCCCACCACCUAGUUCCUAUAGUGUAGAUAGAGAUUCUCAAAUAUGUACCCCUCCCACCUCCAUCAAGGCCUGCCCACCAUCCCCGCCACCACUGCCUCCACCUCCUAAUAUCUCAAGUAAAUAUCCUUCUAUGGCACCUCCUCCUCCUCCCCCACCCCCACCACCACCGCCUCCACCUCCUAAUAUCUCAGGUAAACAUCCUUCUAUGGCACCUCCUCCUCCAGCCCCACCGCCACCCCCUAUCAAUUUUUCUAAAGUUGUCCCACCAGCCCCCUAUACAUCUAGUCAACAAUCUUUAGAUUCAGCUCAGCCACCUCCACCUCCACCUCCACCUCCACCGCCACCCUUUUCAUUGGGAAGUAAAAAUAACAAGUUGCAACCACCUCCACCGCCGCCACCACCGCCGGCAAAACUGCCCCUAUCGACUUCAGCACCUACUGCUGCAUCUAUUCACAAGGCACCGCCUCCACCACCUCCACCUCCACCUCCACCUCCACCUCCACCUCCACCUCCACCUCCACCUCCAAUAGGAGUUAGCCCUGGUAAUGUUUCUCGGCCACCACCACCUCCACCUCCACCUCCACCUCCAAUAGGUGGUAGCCUUGGCAGUGUAUCUCGGCCACCUCCACCUCCACCUCCACCUCCACAUCCAACUGGCGGGAAUCCUAGUAAUGUCCCUCGGCCACCUCCACCACCACCUUCAAGGCCUGCACAACCAGGUUCAAUCUUGCCACCUCCACCACCAUUACCAAAGCCUCUUGGUGCUCGUACUCCACUGCCAAGUCAUGGCUCAACACCUGCUCCGCCUCCACCACCUGGAGCAAAGGGCUCUAAUGCACCAUUGCCGCCACCUCCAUCCAUUGGUAGGGGGAAGACUUCUUCAGGGACAUCCAAUCUUGGAAAAGGUCGAGGUGCUGGUGGGGUUACUCUUGCCCCUAAGAAAAGUUCACUAAAGCCCCUACAUUGGGUAAAAGUUACUCGUGCGAUACAAGGGAGUUUAUGGGCUGAUUCUCAAAAGCAGGAAAACCAGUCAAGGGCCCCAGAGAUAGAUAUAUCAGAGCUGGAGAGUCUGUUUUCUGCGGCCUCUGCUACAGAUGGGAGUGGCACUAGAGGUGGAGGUCGACGUGGUUCUAACAUGAACAAACCUGAGAAAGUGCAACUGGUUGACUUGCGCAGAGCAUAUAAUUGUGAAAUAAUGCUCUCAAAAAUAAAAAUUCCUUUGCCAGAUAUGAUUAAAGCAGUUCUGGCUUUGGAUUCUGCCGUUCUAGACAUUGAUCAGGUUGAAAAUCUAAUUAAAUUCUGUCCCACCAAAGAAGAAAUGGAAACACUUAAGAAUUAUACAGGUGACAAGGAAAUGCUUGGAAAGUGUGAACAGUUUUUCCUGGAGCUGAUGAAGGUUCCACGAGUAGAAUCCAAGUUACGAGUAUUUGCUUUUAAAAUCACAUUUUCUAGUCAGGUCAAUGAUUUAAGGAAGAAUUUGAAUACAAUUAAUAACGCUGCUAGAGAGGUGAAAGAAUCUGUUAAAUUGCGCCAAAUAAUGCAGACAAUUCUUACUUUGGGAAAUGCCUUGAAUCAGGGCACUGCACGAGGAUCUGCUAUAGGAUUCAAAUUGGACAGCCUUCUUAAGUUAGCUGAUACCCGUGCAAGAAACAACAAAAUGACUUUAAUGCAUUAUUUGUGCAAGCUACUCUCCGAGAAGAUGCCAGAGUUGCUGGAUUUUGAUAAGGAUCUUGUUCAUUUAGAAGCCGCCUCAAAGAUUCAAUUGAAAGCUUUGGCUGAAGAAAUGCAAGCUGUCAGUAAAGGGCUUGAAAAAGUUGAACAAGAACUCACUGCUUCAGAAAAUGAUGGGGCUAUCUCUGCAGGCUUCCAAAAGGUGCUGAAGAAUUUUCUCGAUACUGCAGAAGCUGAAGUUAGGUCACUUAUCUCCCUGUAUUCUGAAGUGGGAAGAAGUGCCGAUUCAUUGUCCCAGUACUUUGGAGAGGAUCCAGCUCGGUGCCCUUUUGAGCAAGUGACACAAAUCUUGGCCAUCUUUGUCAAGACGUUCAACAAGUCACGAGAAGAGAAUGAAAGGCAGGCUGAUGCUGAAAAGAAAAAAUUGGAAAAGGAAGCCAUGAAGGAGCGGACAACGACUAAUUUAUCCGCUAGGAAAGAUGGAGUUCAUUAGAGUGGCAUGAAACUUGCAUAUACUCUUAAGAAGAUGGAAGAGAUGGGUUAUGAAAAUAAUUUUGGGCUGACAAUUAAUCUGACGAAGGUUGACUCUUGCAUGCAUGCUGCACCAAUCCAAGAACAGAGUUCCGAGCUUUCAUUAUCUGGAAAAUCACUUGAGCGGUUGCACAAAAUUGAGUAAUUUGAGGGCAAGUGGACAUCUUGCUCUUAUCUCCGGUGCAGCCUCUCCCUUUCAUGUAAAUCGGCGAUGCUUGUAUCAUAUUUCCUGUUCAAAAUUGCAUCCCAUAGAUGUAACAAGAUGUAUGUAUUAAAGUGUUGUCAGACCGCAUGCUUGAAAUGUACAAAACUUCUUCCAUGACAUUAAACUGCCAAUGGUCGUGGUUAGAAACA